UAUGACUCGUCCUUUUCCCGAGGAAAAAGAAAUGUCUCUUGUAACGAAAUGUGUUUUCCUCCUCACAGUCAGAGCCCCAUCAGUCAUCACCUUGCUACUUUAGUGUCCUAACUCGUGUGUUGUUUUCUAGUAGGAAGACACAAUGCUGUCUCUAGCUGUGUUGGCCGUGUGUCUGAGCGCAGUCCUCUCAGCCUCCACUAAGGACCCAAAGCUGGAUAAGGACUGGAAUAAGUGGAAGACAGAUCACAGUAAAACAUACCCUCAGGAAGAGGAGCCCUGGCGGCAACUGAUAUGGGAGAAUAACAAUAACCUGGUCAAGCAGCACAACACGGAGGCGGCCCAGGGCAAACACUCCUUCACCAUGGGCACGAACCAGUACUCGGACCUGACCAGCAAAGAGAUGGAGCUCAUCUUUGGCCUCAGUCCGGAACCAACAGUGACCCAGCAGACGACGGGGAACACCCAGAACUCCGUCUCAGCGAAGUCCAAAAGCCUGGCCGUCGCAAUAAGUUCUGUGGACUGGAGGCCCCUUGGCUACGUUACUCCUGUGAAGAACCAGGGUCUGUGUGGUUCCUGCUGGGCCUUCAGCGCCACCGGAGCUCUGGAGGGCCAGAUGUACAAGAAGACCGGCAAUCUGGUGUCGUUGAGCGAGCAGAACCUGGUGGACUGUUCCAGACCUCAAGGCAAUAUGGGCUGCAACGGCGGUCUGAUGACCUAUGCCUUCAACUAUGUCAAUGCAAGUAAGGGCCUGGACACUGAGGACUCCUAUCCUUACCUGGGAUCGGAUCAGCAGCAGUGUCUCUACAAUCCCGCGUACAGCGCAGCCACCUGCACCGGCUAUGUCGACAUCGCCAGCGGUAGUGAGGCUGCUCUGAUGAGCGCUGUGGGCACUGUGGGACCUGUGUCUGUAGGCAUCGAUGCCAGCCGCCCAUCUUUCCAGUUCUACACAUCAGGAAUCUAUUACGAGCCGUAUUGCAGCAGCAAGAUGCUGGACCACGCGGUGUUGGUGGUGGGCUAUGUCAACGCUAAAACAAAGAGUUACUGGAUUGUCAAAAACAGGGGAAACAAAGGUUACAUCUACAUGGCCAAGGACCGAAAGAACAACUGUGGAAUAGCUACAGAAGCCAGUUACCCUCUGGUCUAACAACCUGAGUCAAAUUCCUCUUUGUCCAUUACACCUGGCCAAUAAAACUGAUUCUGAUCUGCAUCAUAGUGUUUUAAUCUCAAUAGUUUGGCUGGAGACGAGGGACGACACUGACAGGAGAGUCUUCCAUGUUUUAUGAAGACAAACACUGAAUUUUGGGAAAUGGGGCCAUUUCUGAUUCUCAUUCUGAUUCUGAUUUUGUUUUGCCUGGCUUUAUGCCACUUUGUCAUCUGAAAGCUUUUACUGUGAUCAAUUAAAA